AUGCAGGAUUUUGAGCCAAAGAGAAGUAAAUGGUUCAUCAAAGAAGAGGGCAAGAAAAAGAAAGGAAAGAAAGGUACUCCAAAGAAAGCCAUUCCAAAGAAGCGAGAUCAACGACAGUUAGUUGAUGAGCUGAGUGAAGACGAAGCUCAAAAUGAACAGAAUGUUGAAAUGGGUGAAGCUGGUACUUCUACAGCAGAGAUUGCAUGUGAAAUUGAAGCUCAGGCUUUCGGGGUCACAGAGAAUGUUGGUGAGAAUGUUGAAGGUACAGCAGAAAAUGUUGAGGGUCCUGAAAGUUCGAGUUUGAGUGAUAUUCUAUUGACAGAGAUAGCACCAACAACUGGUGAUCAUCUCGCUAAAUGGAGGAAAAAGAAAGAUAAAGCGACUAAGAAAAGAAAGAAUAGCGAUGAGGAGGAUGCGACUUAUGAACCAUCUGGUGCUGAAAGUAUAGCAAAAGCUGUGAAAGCCACAACUGCUAGAGUACCUGAGACAAGAGAGCCAGAGAUUGUUGAAGCAACAACAGCUGAGCCGUUUGUUGUUCAAGCUCAAGCACAGCCAAGAUCCCCCAUACAACAAAUAGCUCCAAUUCAAACAGAAGCUGUUCAACCAACUCCACCACAACAACAAUCAACUCCUCAACAACAAGGAUCUACAACGAAGAAAGCGUCGACUCCGAGAAUGAAAGUGGUGGAAGAUAAAGUAGAAAAGUUAGUGAAAGAGAAAGCUACAUCCGACAAAAAAGUUAAAAGUCUCGAAGCUGAGAAUGCAGUGUUGCACGACAAAGUCAAGAGCCUUGAAGCAGAGAAUGUUGUACUGAACGAUGUAGUUCAAGGUCUUAUUUCUUCGAAUGAUCAGCUUGUCACUGCGAAUGGAAUGCUAUUGUAUGAGAAUGAGCAGCUGAAGAAAAUAAUAGUUGAUCAUGAGGCUGACAAGAAGGUUGUCACAAAGUUGAAAACGAAGCAGAUGGAUAUGCUGUUUGCUGUAUUCGAGAGCAAAAUAGGUGUUAGUGUUCAAGAAGAGUUUGAUCAGAUAGAAAUCCAAAGGGCUGAGGCUCGGAGGAUUGAAAGAGAACGUAAAGCAACUAAAGAAGCGGCAGCAACAACAACAACAAAAGACAAAGGCAAAAGAAUAGUUGAUUAUGACGAUGAUGAAGAUGCUGAAGAUUAUGAUGAAGAGGAUGAUGAAUUUAAAGAUUUAGAUGAUCCUCCCAACCAUCCAAAAGACGAUAAUGUUGAUGAUGAUGAUCAGGGUGGUGGUAAUGCUCUUCAGAUAGUGAAAUAUUCUGGUGGUAAUCAGCUAAUGGAUUAUAAGAACAACAACCAGAAUGAAGAGAGAGAAGAUGAUCACUCUAAGGGGAGAGUGGAUCAGGAGGUCAACAUGAUGAAGAAUCUACUAGAAUCUUCAUAG